GUGCACUGUGUCCCUCGGACACAGCAGCUCACCGAUCCAUGGAAAAAGUCGAAGAUGUCGGCUCGGUCAUGUGAUCAGCUGUGUCCAAUCACAGCUGAUCACAUGGCACUGAUGAUCAGUGUGCCCUGAUGAUCAGUGUGGCCCCAGAAGUGCCACCUGUCAGUGUCCUUCAGUGCCAGCUGUCAGUGCUGAACAGUGCCAUAUCAGUGCCUACCAGUGCAUAUCAAUGCCACAUAUCAGUGCCCAUCUGAGCUGCCUUUCAGUGUCGCCCAUCAGUGCCAGUCAGUGCCACCUAUCAGUGCUGCCAAUCAAUGCCACCUAUCAGUGCUGCCAAUCAGUGCCACCUAUCAGUGCCAGUCAGUGCCGCCUAUCAGUGUGCAUCAGU